AAUCAGUCCGCCGGUUCAUCCACCGCAGUUUGAAGCUGCAUCGCGUGAACGGAGGCUGAUCAUGAAUAUAAAACACAUCAGAUCCGUCAUAUAAUGGGGAUCGAGGACGCGAGCAUGAGGAACGGACGGGCUCUGUCUGAUCAGUGGGCCGACAGCGUGGUGGUGCGGCCCCGGACGACCGAGCAGCACAUCACGGUGAAUAAGAGACUUGUGCUGGGCUUCGCCAUCUCCAUCCUCACCCUCAUCAUCGUCACGGCCAUCGCCAUCACGCUCAGCGUCAGCUUCGAGAGAUGCGCCGCGGAGAGCAGCGGGGCUCUGGCCGCGAACGGCUCCAGCAACAGUAAGUGGAAACAGUCCCGGGACGCUAACAUCAGUCACAGAGACUCAGAGGACGGCCAGCAGCCCUGGAGACACCUGCGCUUACCGGCCACCCUGCGCCCGCGCCACUACGACCUCCGCCUGUCCGUGUCCAUGGAGAACUUCACCUUCUCCGGCGAGGUGCACAUUCAGUUCGAGUGCGUCCACUCCACGAAGCUGAUUGUGCUGCACACGGACCGGCUGGAGGUGGACAAGGUGCUGGUGUAUUCGGACAGCAAGAAAGCGGGCGCCAUGAGGAUCCAGCGCCGCUUCCACUACCAGCCCAAGCAGGUGUUUGUGAUCGAGCUGCACAGAGAGAUGAAGCCCCUCAGAACUUACAAGAUCAACAUCACUUUUCACGCGCACAUUGAGCACGAGCUCCUGGGCUUCUUCCGCAGCUCGUACGUGCUGAAUGGAGAAAGAAGGUUUCUCGCGGUGACGCAGUUCUCACCGACUCAUGCUAGAAAGGCCUUCCCGUGUUUCGACGAGCCCAUCUAUAAAGCCACAUUCAGAGUGAGUCUGAAACACGAGAGCUCGUAUCAGUCGCUGUCUAACAUGCCAGUGGAGGCCUCGACGUCUGACGAGGACAGAUGGGUGACCAACCAUUUCUCCAGGACGCCCCGCAUGUCCACGUACUACCUGGCCUGGGCCGUGUGCAACUUCACCUACAGAGAAGCAGUUACAGACAGUGGAGUUGUGAUUCGGCUGUAUGCCAGACCUGACGCCAUCCAGAGCGGAUCGGGGGACUACGCUCUGCACAUCACCAAGAGACUCCUACACUUUUACCAGGAUUACUUCAAAGUGAAAUAUUCCCUCCCUAAAUUAGAUCUCCUGGCAGUGCCGAAGCAUCCGUAUGCAGCCAUGGAGAACUGGGGCCUGAGUGUGUUUGUGGAGCAGAAGAUCUUGUUGGAUCCUGACGUCUCCUCCUUCUCCUAUCAGAUGGAGCUCACCAUGGUGGUGGUGCACGAGAUCUGCCAUCAGUGGUUUGGGGAUCUAGUCACACCGGUUUGGUGGGAGGACGUUUGGCUGAAGGAAGGAUUUGCGCAUUACUUCGAGUACAUCGGGACUGAUUUCCUCUUUCCAAAGUGGAACAUGUGUCUGCAGGGAGCCGCUCUGAUCCGAAUGCUGGCUAACGUCAUGGGACAGCCACUAUUCCAGAGAGGCCUCAAUGAUUACUUGAUGACGCACAUGUACGGGAACGCAGCGAGAGAUGACUUGUGGAACAAAUUCUCAGAGGCCAUGCAGCGGGAGGGAAAGGACAUCAACAUCACGCAGGUCAUGGACCGCUGGACACUGCAGAUGGGUUACCCUGUCAUCACCAUCAGCAAGAAUGACAGUCUUGACAACAGUGUCACCAUCUCACAAGAGCACUUCGUCUAUGACACCGACGCCAAGAUCCAGAAUCCUGAGCUGUUCAACAAAAGCUUCCAGUGGCAAAUACCGCUGACGCUCGCAGUGGGAAACUCCAGUCACAUAUCAACAGAGACCAUCAUCUGGGUCUCCAAUAAAACAGAGACGCACAGAGUGGGUCACAUGGGCAGCGAGACGUGGUUGCUGGGCAACAUCAAUCAAACAGGCUACUUCAGAGUGAACUACGACCUUCACAACUGGGGACUUCUCAUUCAACAGCUGAUGACCAACCCAACGAUCAUCUCUGUGGGCAACAGGGCCGGACUGAUUGAUGACGUCUUCAACCUGGCGAGAGCGGGGUAUUUGCCCCAAAACGUCACCCUGCAGAUGAUCUCAUAUUUGUCUCAGGAGACUGAGUUUCUGCCAUGGCACGCUGCUAGUCGAGCUCUUUACCAGCUGGACAAACUCCUGGACCGCACUGAAGACCACAGCCUGUUCAGCGACUAUGUUCUAAGACAGGUGGAACCGAAGUAUCACAAGUUGGGCUGGCCAGCCACUUCCACUGAGGGCUCCUUCGUGCAGGCGGCUUAUCAGACCGAAGAGUUGCAGAGAGAGGUAAUGAUGCUGGCCUGCAGUUUUGGAAACAAACACUGUCACCGGCAGGCUGUUUCUCUCAUUUCAGACUGGAUUUCCAGCAACAAGAACAGGAUUCCACCCAACGUGCGGGACAUUGUGUACUGCACAGGUGUUUCUCUGAUGGAUGAGGAUGUGUGGGAGUUUAUCUGGAUGAAGUUUCACUCUUCUACAGCCAUCUCUGAGAAGAAGGUUCUUCUGGAGGCCUUGACCUGCAGUGACAAUAUCUUCCUGCUCAACAGGCUCCUGAAUCUGUCCCUCACCUCUGACCUGGUGCCGGAUCAGGAAGUGAUCGAUGUCAUCAUUCAUGUCGGCCGCAAUCCGCUUGGAAGACAUUUAGCGUGGAGAUGUUUCCGCGAGAAGUGGGACAUAUUGAAUUCCAGGUAUGGAGAGGCCUUAUUUAUGAACUCAAAAUUAAUCAGCGGCGUGACAGAGUUUCUCAACACUGAAGCCGAGUUGAAUGAGCUGAAAGAGUUCAUCCUGACCAGCGGGGGAGAGUCAGCACCUGCGUUCGCUCGAGCCGUUGAGAUCGUUCAAGCGAAUGUAAAAUGGCAAAUCCUGUUCCAGCAACAGUUUUACCGAUGGCUGCGGAAAGCUCCUGAUGGUUAAUGCAACAUUAAGCAUGGAGCGCUCUAUUAGCAUGGAAACUCAUGGCCAGUGACGUGGGGAGAUAUAAGUGAAAUAAAAAAAUCGAAAAAACUAUUCUGGACUACGAGAAUCAACAAAAUUGAGCUUUUAUUUCCCUGCUGUUUUUGAAACGACCAGGCCCUCACAGACCAGGAUGAAAUGAAUGGCUGAAAAACACUGAAGGAAUCGAUGUCGGAAAUUGCAUGAUGGCAUACGUCAGUAGUGAGACGAUUUACAUUCCAUUUCCCCUCGUAUUUUGCAUGAAAGUCAUUUCCUUCUUGCCUUCAUUCUGUUUUUCCUGAAGCUUGACCUUUUCUGAGUCCUGAGAAUAUCGGAUUUGCUUUGAAGACCAGAUGACGGUACAAAGAGAUUGCUCUUCGGUAUAUAUAAACACAAAUUAGAUUAAGCACAAAUAUGUGACAAUCAGUGUUUUGAUUGGAACAGUACGAAGAGGACAAAGAGGAGAAGUAUUCAUGUAGCCUUUUCUCUCUCCAAAGCCAUAAAGAGGAGCAGACUGAAUUUUAUCUCUUGUACAGAUGGCGUUUAUUGUUUGAUGAAUUGAUGGCACUCAAUGGUCAUCAGAAGAUGGAAUCUUUUGGAGGGUUUUCUGCUGGUCCUGGCUGAAGCGGCGAUGGUUUAACCCGCAGGUGUCUUGGAUCCUUUGCAUUCUCAUAGUGUUACUCUUCGCUCUCCAGAUUGGGAGGGUUUGUCCUUGAAUACGGUAUGUUUGUUUGAGUGGAAAAAUAGUCAGUGUGUCGAUAUUUUCAUGUAUGAUUUAUUGAUAAGCUGGAAGGAGGUCAAUGCAGUGCUGAGAUGUUAUCUUGUUGUGGAUAAUGUGAGCUUUUGAAAUGGAUGGUUGUCAUGGAGACCAAUUAUAAAGGUUUUCAUAGUUUUAUCUUUCUUCUUCUGUCAGUUUUUUUUUUUUUAUAUGGACAUGAAUUGUUAAACAUGUGCAGUGUUGAAAAUGAUGUAGUGGUUGACCAAUAUGCGGGUUCCUGUAUGUUUGACUUGUUUUAAGAAUGUUAAAAUAAUAUCAGUUAAGCAAGACAACUUUACAUUUGAAGCAAAAUUGUGUAAUAUAAUGCUUUUCAAAGGAUAUAUCUUGAAUUCUAUUUAUUUUUCUUGCUCAGAUUGUUUCCUUAGUUUUUUUAAGCAUUUGUCUGUGCAGUUUUGCUUCUGAGGUAAAUUGGUCUUGAUUUAAGGAUGCCUGAAAACCAUAAUAGGCAUGAUAAAUGUAAUGAUGGCAAAACAGAUGUAUAGAAAUUUGCUAAAAUGUGACAAGGGCACAAUAUUUACUCAAAAUUUAUAUAAAAAAAAUAAAUAACAUUAUCUAUCAACAAUCAUAACGAGUAUUAACACCUUUUAAUUGGCCAAUCAAAUCCGCUAAUCUGAAAAAUGGCCAUUAUCAGCCAGUUGGUCGUCCUGGUCGAUAUAUUGGUCCAUCACUACUGUAUAUGACUCUCAGGCUUGGGCAAAAUUCAGAAUUGAACAACUUGAAGAAUUUGAAGACAUUAGAGGAGUUUCAUUAGACCGACAUGGCUUAACACGGCUAACAUCAAAAUGUUAAUAUACUGAUUAUAUAUUAAACUAAUUUCAAAAAGCCUCCUAUUGGAAUUUUUAUUAA